AGCCUCGUCCGCGUUUCUUCGUCGAUUCAGGGCAAGGAAACCGGAGACAAACGCGAGAAGAAGAAUGAUUGGGCCACGGUCCACUUCGGCAGCACAGUCGCUGCUCCGAGCGGCGGCGACGAGUGGCUCGAGGCAGCAAGCGCCGAGAUAUCUGGCUUCUGCAGCGGCGUCCACAUCUUCUUCGCAUGCGUCUUCUUAUUCGGCGGCCCCCUCAUCAUCAUCUUCGCACUCGAGACUUGCUCCAGGGCGAAUGCUUCAUACCGGCCCAGUCCGUACCCGACCCACAAAGAAGAGCGACAGAAGAGGACAGGAGGAGGCCGUGGAGGAAGCAACACCCGCAUUCAAUGCUCGCUUGACACCCAAAGCGGCCCAAGACGUCGAUUCGGUGCAGAGCUGGCUUCGGUCCGCCUUUCCUGGCUUGCCAUUUCCAAACGAUGUUGCACUGCAGCUCGUCACGCACGAGAGCUGGGACCAUGGUGUCAGCGCAGGACACAGCAGACGAUUAGGUUUCAUGGGGAGACGAGCUUUGAAGUUCUUUCUUAGCUUAUUCAUAGCCACACACGGGGGUGGACGGGUGGCUUUGUCGAACGACAGGAUCGAAGAGCUGCUUCACACCUCUAAGCUGGGUGACCACGUCGGGCGAUCGCUGCGUUUGGAGGAGGUAAUGCGGUGGACGCCAGCAGUCAAUGAUGGGCAGCAGGGACCAAAGGAGACAGGGCUCUUCAAGAUCAGAGGCGUCUGUGUCGAAGCGCUCGUUGGCGCAAUUUACCAUCAGCACGGUGCUCAAGCGGCUCGGGCCUUUUUUGCAAGUCGGGUUCUGCCCAAACUGGGAACAUUCACCGACGAAGAACGAGAAGUUGUCGGAGAAGCACUGUCACGAGAGGCCGACCAGGGCGAUGUGUUGUUGCGGAGCAUGGCCGAGGAGACUAUGCUGAAGGACAGUGCUACAGGCGGAGAGGAAGACUGGGCACAACGGCUAUCUGCACCUUCAGCCACAGCAGAGAAGGCAUCAGCGGGGGCCGUUGAAGAGGUGGGUGCACCGGUGCACCAGGCGCACGAAACUGUCAAAGCAGGGGUCAACACAUCGCCUCAAUCUCCUUCCCCGAUGCGGAGACGAAGUAAAGCUGGGACCGCAGGAGCAGGGUUGACGCUGGAGGAGGAGGUCAAGCCGGCGCGGAGCUUCGAAGGAUCGGUGAUGAGCUAGAGCAUUUGCAACAUCUGUCUUACCCAAAAGUAAUCAGCAAGAGAAGCCCACAAACCCCAAUCGCAAUGUUUCAUGAUUCAAUUUUAAAAAGUCAA